AUGAUCAAAUUGGCUCAAGGGGCGCGGCAUAUAGACAGUCAAGUUGGGUCGGGUGAUUUAGAAGUACUGGUGCUAAAGAAUUCCGAUGGGCCCGAUUGUGAUAAGGACCAAGGACCUGGGAAGGGUCAAUCAAACUACUCAGGAGGUGCAUUUUACAUGCCAAGGUUUCCCUCUGCAAACUCAAACUCCAGGCUUUCGCCACUUCCUCAUGAACUUGCUGAUUACGACCAUGGGGCAACAUCUGACAUUUCUCUUGAUAGUGCCAAUGAUUUGAAGAAGAAAGAGAACGAACUUCAAUCUAAGGAGGUUGAACUGAAAAAGAGGGAACAUGAACUCAAAAGGAGGGAGGAUGCAAUUGCACGAACUGGAAUUGUCAUUGAGGAAAAAAAUUGGCCUUCAUUUUUUCCUAUAAUUCAUCAUGACAUUGGGAAUGAUAUCCCAAUCCAUCUACAGCGGUUGCAAUAUGUUGCAUUCACUACAUUGUUGGGUCUGGUUGGAUGCCUUAUGUGGAAUAUUGUAGCAGUUACUGUCGCUUGGAUUAAGGGAGAAGGUCCAACAAUCUGGUUUCUUUCUAUCAUCUACUUCAUAUCUGGUGUUCCAGGAGCCUAUGUGUUAUGGUACAAACCUCUUUAUCGUGCAAUGAGGACUGAUAGUGCUCUCAACUUCGGAUGGUUUUUCUUGUCUUACGUGUUUCACAUCUGCUUCUGUGUCUUUGCCACUGUUGCUCCUCCAAUGAUUUUUAGAGGGAAAUCGUUGACUGGAAUCUUUCCUGCAAUUGACCUUCUUAGUGAAAAUAUUCUUGUUGGGAUAUUUUACUUUGUUGGAUUUGGGUUCUUCUGCAUUGAAUCACUGAUUAGCAUAUGGUUGAUUCAGCAAGUUUACAUGUACUUCAGAGGAAGUGGUAAAGCUGCAGAAAUGCGGAAGGAGGCAGCAAGACAAACUAUGAUGGCAGCGUUAUGA